GUGCCUCGGCCAUCUCAAAACUAGAACCUGGUCUCUGGUGCCUUUUGUUUUGGUUUACUUCAUCAUCCCAGGAUGUCCCCUCCCUUCUCCUGGGACCGCUUCCCUGUGGGGCUGGAUGUGCUGUGCAGCCUCCAGUCACUCCUGGCAAGCCCCUUGGGGCUGCUCAGAGCGGGUUUGCUGACCACACCAGAGGUCUGAGUGACCCGUGGUAAAAUGAGGGUGCCUGGAAGGAAACAGUAGGCGGGAAUUAAUGGUUGUGGGUCCCUGCUACGCCCAGAGGACUGUGCUGGCCGGGUUCGUGUUCUCAGUGGUGAGAGGAUGGGGGUGGAUGGGAUACAGGGCACCCCGCACCUCCUGGCUGUGGAGUGUAUGUUCUGAGGAGACUCCCUAGGGGCCAGAGAGAGACAUUUGACCUCUGAGCCCUUCACCAGCUUGUCCUCCCAGAAAUGGGCAGCAGGCAGAUAAGAGGCUCUGCUGGCCCUCAUGACUUCUGUGUGUUAUAAGCAUUUGCAGGACCUGAGAUGCUGCGCUUCUCUGCGUGAGCUGGUCAUCGAGUCUGCUGCAGCCCUUUCAGAACCUCUGGCUGGCGGGGGUCUUCGCGGUGCUCCUUGCCAAGAUGAAGUGUGUCUUGGUGGCCACAGAAGGUGCAGAGGUCCUCUUCUACUGGACAGACGAGGAGUUUGCAGACAGUCUACGGCGGAAGUUUGGGUUUGAGGGAGAGGAGCUUCCCGCCCUGGAGGACCAGCUCAGCACCCUCCUGGCCCCGAUCAUCAUCUCCUCCAUGACCAUGCUGGAGAAGCUCUCAGAUACAUAUACCUGCUUUUCGACGGAAAAUGGCAACUAUCUGUACGUCCUUCACCUGUUCGGAGAAUGCCUUUUCAUUGCCAUCAACGGAGACCGCACGGAGGGCGAGGGCGACCUGCGGCAGAAGCUGUGUGUGCUCAAGUACCUGUUCGAGGUGCACUUUGGGCUGGUCACCGUGGACGGCCAGCUCAUCCGAAAGGAGCUGCGGCCCCCUGACCUUGAGCAGCGAGUCCGGGUGUGGAAGCACUUCCAGAGCCUGCUGUGGACGUACGGGCGCCUGCGGGAGCAGGAGCAGUGCUUCGCCGUGGAGGCUGUGGAACGGCUGAUUCACCCUCAGCUCUGUGAGCUGUGCAUAGAGGCCCUGGAGCGGCAUGUCAUCCAGGCUGUCAACUCCAGCCCCGAGAGGGCCGGCGAGGAGGCCCUGCACGCCUUUCUGCUCGUGCACUCCAAGCUGCUGGCCUUCUACUCCAGCCACAGUGCCAGCUCCCUGCGCCCGGCUGACCUUCUUGCCCUCAUCCUCCUGGUCCAGGAUCUUUACCCCAGCGAGAGCACAGCGGAGGAUGACGACCCUCAGCCUUCUCCCCGGAAGCCCAGGAGCAGCCAGAGCAUCCCCGUGCAGCAGGCCCGGAGCCCUGCCUCCACAGCCCAGGCCAGGAGGAGUUCCGCGGCAACUGAGACCGACAGCUUCUCCCUCCCUGAGGAGUACUUCACGCCCGCUCCUUCCCCGGGAGAGCAGAGCUCAGGUAGCACUGUCUGGCUGGAUGAGGGCACCCCACCCAUGGAUGCUCCCCAGGUCCAGAUAGCUGAAGACACCCUCCAGGUGCUGGUCCCACCCUCCCCAGUCGCUUCCGGCCCCAGAAGGAUCUUCCUGGAUGCCAGCAUCAAGGAGAGCCACUGCCCCAUGGUGCCCCACACUGCAUACUGUCUGCCCCUGUGGCCAGGCAUCAACAUGGUGCUCCUGACCAAGGGCCCCAGCACCCCCCUGGCUCUUGUCCUGUACCAGCUGCUGGACGGGUUUUCCCUGCUGGAGAAGAAGCUCAAGGAGGGGCAAGAGGCCGGGCGCACCCUGCGGUCCCACCCCCUCAUGGGGGACCUGCGUCAGAGGAUGGACAAGUUCGUCAAGAAUCGCGGGGGGCAAGAGAUUCAGAGCACCUGGCUGGAGUUUAAGAGCAAGGCUUUCUCCAAGAGCGAACCCGGAUCGUCCCUGGAGCUGCUCCAGGCCUGCGGCAAGGUGAAGCGACAGCUUUGUGCCAUCUACCGUCUCAGCUUCCUGAGCACGGCUCCAGGCCGGGGGGGCCCCCAUCUGCCCCAGCAGCUACAGGACCAGGUCCAGACCAUCAUGCAAGAGAAGCUGAUGGACUGGAAGGACUUCUUGUUGGUGAAGAGUAGGAGGAACGUCACCAUGGUGUCCUACCUAGAAGACUUCCCAGGCUUGGUACAUUUCAUCUACGUGGAUCGCACGACUGGCCAGAUGGUGGCCCCUUCCCUCAGCAGCAGUAAAAGGAUUUCAUCGGAGCUGGGCAGGGGGCCGUUGGCCACGUUCAUCAGAACCAAGGUCUGGGCUCUGAUCCGGCUGGCACGCAGAUACCUGCAGAAAGGCUAUACCACGCUGCUCUUCCGGGAGGGCGACUUCUGCUUCUCCUACUUCCUGUGGUUCGAGAACGAGAUGGGGUACAAACUGCAGCUGAUAGAGGUGCCCGUCCUCUCGGAUGACUCCGCGUCCUUCGGCGUGCUGGGAGGAGACUACUACAGGAAGCUCCUGCGCUACUAUAGCAAGGGACACCCCGCUGAGGCCGUCAAGUGCCACGAGCUGCUGGCCCUCCACCUGUCGGUCAUCCCCACGGAUGUGCUGGUACAGCAGGCCGGCGAGCUGGCCCGGCGCCUGUGGGAGACCUCCCGCCUCCCUGUGCUCUAGGCCGGCGCAGCCAGGGUAUGCAACCCUGGUCCCCAUGCAGAACAGCCACCAGGGGUGGAACAGCCCCCUGGGUCUCUUAAAGAAACCACCUAAACUAGGCUCCCUUCCAGGUACCAAACCCCCAAAUUCUCUUUGGAGGAGGAGGGAGGUGGGAAGGGUCCCUUGUUCUCCUUAAAACAACAGUGGCUGUGAGGGUAGACCUGGGGCACCCGCUUUCAGAGCUGCCUCUCCCUUUAUCCCCAGGAGACAGGGAGUCCCCAGUGCCUGCAGGUGUCCGAAGAUCCCUCCUUUAGGCUCCUUGGAGUGGAGAAAGAGCUUCCUCAGGAAGCUGGUUCCCUCCCCAAAUGCAGGGUGCUGCCUUGGC